UCCGCCGAAUUUACGGAAAAACCAUAUAAAACGCCUGCAAUCGAGGGGUUUACGCUAAAAUUGCAGUUCGACAGUCGAGAGCCCCAUCGCUAGAGAAGACAUAGUCAGGGCUAGCGAAGAUGAUCAUACCAGUCCGAUGCUUCACCUGCGGCAAGGUGAUUGGGCAUAAGUGGGAUACGUAUCUUGACCUUCUUCAGGCUGAUUACACUGAAGGAGAUGCUCUUGAUGCAUUGGGGUUGGUUCGAUAUUGCUGCAGAAGAAUGCUCAUGACUCAUGUGGACCUCAUUGAGAAGCUUUUGAAUUAUAACACCUUAGAGAAAUCAGAUACCAGUUAAGGAAACUCAUGGAGUUACAAGGGAGCUGAAGUGAACCGGAUGAUCAUCUUUUAUGCGGACAUGCAUUUGUUUGGUGUUUAGUUCUUCUCUACUUUCUUGUUUUUCUGCCAAGUUUUGUGUAAUAACAGCAUACUUGAUGUUUGAAUUUUGUAAAAUGCAGAUGUGUAAGAACUUUUAGUGUCUUAGAUCUUAUAUAUGCACUCUGCUUAUAUCACUAGUUUUUAUGUUAAUGAAUUGAUAUUCUGCCGGUUCUAUUAUCGAA